GGGAACAAAAUGACAAGUAAAAUAAAAUAAACAAAAUAACCAAAUUGGGUCAAAACCCAAAUGGAAAAGGAUGGUAAAAAUAAAAAAGAGGGGUGGCAAGAGAGAUCCUUUUGUUUGGCCUAAUAUGAGCCCAAAAGAUGAGACAGAGGGGUGUGAGAAUAAAAAAAGGGGUGCGGGUCUAAUUUUAGUUUAAUAGCAUAUUGGGUCUAAGCCCAUGUGAAAAGGGGCGCGACUUAGUGGAAACAGGGGGUGCAGAAACGAUUUUUUUGGUUGGCAGAAUGGGCUUGAACCCAAAGAGAUGGGGGUUGCGGAUGGAAGCAAAAGGGGGUGCGGGAAGUUAGUCAAAACCUAAAAAAUUAAUAGAAAAAAAACUAAAGCAAAUAAAAAACCUAGGCCCUAUUCCAGCCUCAGAAACCCCUUUAGGGGUCCUCUCAGACUCUCUCAUUUCACUCAACACAACACAGAGGGUCUCUCCCUUUCUCCCUCUCUCGUCGCCCUAGGACUGGGUUCCUUUGCCACCAGACAAAUCGACCGGCCGCCGCCUCCCUCCGACCAGCCAUGGCGAAGCCGACGUCCUCGCCACCAUCCGGCCAGCCAACGCAGGCCGCAGCGACCUCAGAUGCGAACACCAUCGUCGCGUGGGAGAGAACGCUUUCUCCUUCGUGGGUCGUCUCCUAGGCGGGCUUGUCCACCGCACCAGCCAUGGUGCCACCGGUGUUGCUGGCCGUCGGUCACCACGUCGAUGGCUUCUUUCCUUCUUCGCCGGCGAGCAGGGAAACCCCUUUCUCUCUUCCGUUCUAUUUCUACCUCCCAAUCCUCGACAAAGUCGUCACCACCAAAGAGAAAGAAGUCGUCGCCACUGAAUCCACCGGUCACAGCUACCGUGAGUCGUCAACAAAGAAAAUCAUUUCCUCCUCUUCGCAUUCGUGGUGGUCGCCACCAAAGGGCUGUAGUUUCGACUCACACGAUUUGCAGAUUGGGGAAAAACGGCUUAUGGGUCACGAAUGGACUCGAAAUCAGACUAGGGGUAGGGCUAUUCGACACUGUUUUGGUGCGUUUGGCCCUGUUCGACGCAGGUGAAAGAGGAGUAUGGCAUGGGUACGACUGGUUCGAUUCUAGUGUUCUGUGUUGAGGGAUGAUGGUGUGAGGGGAAGGAUCAACUGUGUGUGUGUGUGUUUUUUUUUGGUGUUGUGUGUUUGAGCUUGGUCGUGGACGUUGGGAAUGGANGGGGAGGAGCGGUGGUUACGCUAUGGCCAAGAGAAGUGUGAUGCAGAUGGCGAUAGGGUGUUGUUAUUUGGCUCGGUUAUUGGCUCCGUGAGUGAAGAGAGAACACGGCAGAGUAUGAUAAGGAACGAUGAUGGAGGGAAGGAUUCAAGUCUCAGUCAUAUGCAAUGGGAAAAAUGCUUGAUGACAUUCAGAGUAGCAAUGCAACAGUAAAGUAUUUAAGAACAACAAACAGUCUCAUGUGCAAGGAUGGAUCACUCACCUCUUGAAGACUCAGCUGUUAACGUCAACCUUGCAGCUCCGAUGGGUCUCCUUCUCCUUCCUUAGUGCAGUUCCAAAAAUUGCUCUCGCAACUCCUAUUCUCCUCUCUUUUUUUUUAGAAUCAAUGCUCCCAAUGCCCUGCUCUCUCUCGGUAGUGAACUUUCUUUUUUGUUAUCCUCCUCCCUACGACAAGCUCUCCUUUUUGUGCCUUCCUGCUCCACUCAGUAACCGUUUUGUUCUGCUAUGCCAAAUCCUCAAAACGUCUCUGCCAUGUUCCUUCAGACCACUCUGUCACCCUUUGUCGUUUUGCACACAUGGCCUCCCCUCAGCUAAAGCAUUUUUUUUAGUUUUUUUUUUUUUUAUAAAACAAAUUUAAGCAAGGCAAAAUAUAAAAAGGUAAAACUAAAA